AUGAAUGUUGGAGUUGCCCACAGUGAAGUGAAUCCAAAUACCCGUGUAAUGAACAACUGGGGUAUGUGGCUGACAUAUGCAUUAGGAGUUGGCUUGCUCCAUAUUGUCUUACUCAGCAUUCCUUUCUUUAGUGUUCCUAUUGCUUGGACCUUAACAAAUAUUAUACAUAAUCUGGGGAUGUAUGUAUUUUUGCAUGCAGUAAAAGGAACACCUUUUGAAACUCCUGACCAAGGUAAAGCAAGGCUCCUAACAUCUUCAUGGAAGUUUUUCACAAUUUCUCCAACAAUUCUAUAUUUUCUGACAAGUUUCUAAACAAAGUAUGAUUCAACUUACUUCACUAACACAGCUUCUCUUCUGAGUGUGCUUAUUCCCCAAAUGCCACAACUACAUGAUGUUCGGAUCUUUGGAAUUAAUAGGUAUUGA